AUGUACCCUUGCUGCUUUGUCCUCCAGCAAACUGAUUCUCAAAGAGGACGGUUGUCUCGCACUGGUAGUACAUCUAAGAGGGCGGUACUAUCAAGCAGCAGGCCAAGCUCCUACGGAGAAGCCAGCGAAAAUCGCAAUAGCCGGUUAGGCUCAGGCAGCGGUCGACUAUCCACCAUUCAAAGAUUACAGCCUGGAUUUGAGUCCAAAUCGUCUUCUUUUACUCGUGCUACAGUCUCUAGAGGUGGCCAUGAUGAUGCUCUCCGUAGCUUCCAUCUUCUAAGAGUUGGCUCAGGGAAAAGGAAAUAA